AUGACACAGAUAGACAUACAGUUAAUUAUAAAUGGAAUAUUAGGGUAUGACUCAGAUUCUGGUUGGGAUUGGUCUAGGGUACCCUCUAUCAGUGAGACAGACAACGGUACUGGAGUUGGAGAGGCUGGUAGUGAUGGUGUUUAUGAGCUUAGUACUUCAGCAGGAUGUCCUAAAAUGUGGGACGAGGUGGAAACAGAAAUGUUGAGAUUAUGGAAGAAUAAGCAGUCUAUAUCCACUGCUUUGGCAUGUAAGCAAGGUGCAAAGGAAGAGAUUGGUAUUUUUGUAAAGAGAUUUUACAAGUGUUGGAAGGAUGAGGCAGGUUUGAAGUCUAGAGAUGAUAUGGAUAUCCUUAAAAUACAGUCAUGCCUUGGUAAUAUAUUGCCACAGUAUUCUUUGCUUGUGAAACAAUUGAUUUCAGACUGGGCCAAUUUGGGUGGCUCAGAUUUUCUUACCAAGGUUAUAGAAAAGGAAAAUGCAGGUUGUUUUGACUUAAGAAAAGAUUCAGGAAGUAAGGUUGCUUAUUAUGCUCAGGGAUUGCAACACUGUCCACCUACACAGGCCCGAGAGAGAGGAUGGUCACCAGACAUGCUAGCUGCGUAUAUUGCCCGCAAAGUUGCUAUUGUGUAA